AUGGGCCGCAAUAGAAAAGGGCGACAAUGCGGAGGCUACAGCUGCAAGAAAGAGAGAUUCGUAUUGCUUCAACGCUGGCAGCAAGAGGUAGACAAGAUAUCAAACAAAAAUGCAUUGAGGAGGAAAACGCAACACAGACUAGCGGAUCAACAAAGACGUGCACAAGGUGUCGAAUCUGUGCGCCGUAGAGUGAAACUGGAUAUACUGGCGGAUUGGACCAACGCUCGUCUUAAGGACGAUUACAUCGAGCGAAUAAAGCGCGAGGGAGCGCUAUCAAUCGCUUCGGAAAUCGGCCGUGCAAGAGUUCGUAUCGCUGCAGGAGCGGUGUAUCUACAAAAUCGCGCAGUCAUUUGA